AUGAUGGCCAAUAAUUUAUUAAAUAAAUUAAUUUUCUAUAUAUUAUUUUUAUUAAUUAAUUUAAUUUAUUUAACUUCUUCUACUUUAAUUGCACCAAAUUUUAGAAUUGAUUGUGCUCCAAUACCGGGUGAAAAUAAAUUCAACUGUUUAGAACGUGGAUGUAUUUGGGAUGAUAAUUAUGAUAAAUAUCAUUCUUCUGUUCCUCUCUGCUAUUAUCCACCAAAAACUGGAUAUCGAAUUCAAAAACGUUUAACCAAAAAUAAAUUAUUAUUAGAGAGAACUAAAGGAGCCAGAAAUCCUUACGGGGAAGAUUUUAAAUUAUUGGAAUUUGAAGUUGAAGAGAUUUCUUCUGCUCUUUAUGUUAAAAUUGGACAUGAUAAACGUUUUAUUCCUCCAAUCGAAUUAAACUUAAAUUCAAAAAUUGAAACAUCAAAAGAAGAUAAAUUAAAUAUUGAAAUAUUCCCUCAAUUUAAACAAAAAUUGAAUGGUCUGAGUGAUUCUGAUGAAUUUUUUUCUUUUAAUAUUGUUAGGAAUAAAACAAAAAUAUGGGAUACUUCUAUCGGGGGCCUUCUUUUUGCUGAUCAGUAUAUUCAAAUAGCUACUUAUUUACCUAGUGAUAGAAUAUAUGGAUUUGGAGAAAGUCCACAUCAGUCAUUAAAACAUGAUUUUUCAAAAUAUACAACUUGGGGAAUGCUUGGUAGAGAUCAACCACCAGAUUAUUACAACCCCAAUUCGGCCAAUUUAUAUGGUGUUCAUCCAUUUUAUAUUGGAUUAGAAUCAAAUGGAAAGGCACACGGAGUUUUAAUUUUAAAUUCAAAUGCACAGGAGAUAACUACGGGACCUGGGCCACACUUAAUUUAUAGAACAAUUGGCGGGAGACUCGACAUUUUAUUUUUGCCAGGACCUACCCCAGAACAGGUUAUCCAACAAUUUCAACAAAUAAUUGGCCGCCCUUGUAUGCCUGCUUAUUGGGCAUUAGGCUAUCAAUUUAGUAGAUUUGGAUAUAAAGGUUUGGAUGAUUUAAAACAAACAAUAAACAGAAUGAUUAAUGCUAAAAUACCUAUUGAUGUUGUUUUUGCUGAUAUUGACUAUAUGGAACGUUAUAAGGAUUUUAGUGUUGAUUCUGAGAAAUGGGUAGCAAUGAAAGAAUAUAUUAAUUAUUUACAUGAUAAAGGGCUCCGAUUUGUUCCAAUUGUUGAUCCAGCAAUACAGGUUAAUUAUGAUGUUUUUGAAAGAGGAAUUAAAAGUGGAGCUAAAUUUGUUGAAUGGGAACGUUUUGAUCAAGUUCAAAAUUCUAUACAGAAAUUAUAUCCUUUAACUAAAUCAACAAAAAUAAUGCUGGGAAUUGUUUGGCCUGAUAAACAUGUUGCUUUUCCUGAUUUUUUCGAUUUUGACAGAGAAGGCAAAACACAAAAAUGGUAA